AUGUCGAUGCAGCUCUUCAGCUUCGGACACCCGUGUGAGCACCAGCUGCACCGGGCGUGUAUUGGCGGAUCGAAUUGCCCAUUGAACGGCUACCCAGACACGUGGUGCUGCAGUUUCAUCAAAGGCAAGAUCAACUUCAAGCGCGACCGCCCGUGCGAGGGGCCGCGGUGCUACUGGGACUACGUACACCCCUCACAGAGCCAGUUCGAUGAGGUCACCCAGGUCCUCGAGCAGAGUCGUCCCAUCGCAGCCAGGCUGGACGAGGCGAGCGACACCGACCUGCUUUCCUUCAGCAUUAGCAACCCGCACAUUAUCGACACGGUGCAGUGUGCGUUACACAUGAUGCGACAUCCACCCAGCGCAUGUGCUCGUCGAGUUGGCCAGCUGCUCGCCUACGCCACCCUCUUGGCUGGUGACCAGGAUGUAUUUGUGCAGCUGCUGAAGACGAUGAAGAAGCCCGUCGAUGGGUACAUCCUCGGUGCGUAUGCCUUCUUGACCCAGGGAAAGGGCAGCAGUGUCGGCGGUGCAGGCAAGGGCGGAGGCGCCUUCGGCAACGGCGCGAAGAAGCAGACCAAAAAAAAGGACGCCAAGGAGGACAUCACGGCAACGCUCGUGAACAUUAUGGUUGAGCUCAUGAAUGCGGCACUCAGCCUCGGCGGCCAGCUAGUCGAUCGCGUGGAUCAACACGUGUUGCAGGCGAUGCUAAUCCAGGCACUCGCCACUUACCCGAAGAGCGACAAGCGGCACCAAGACAUGCUCGAGAAGGCCAUCGCCAAGUUUGGCCAUCGCAGACUGGAAGAGGAGGAGGCGGCGGCCGUCAAGCGCGAAGCGGCGAAAAGGGAGGCGGCGACGACGGCGGGCAUAUCAGCAAAUGUCGCCGCGCCACUAUCGGCGGUCAAGCAGGAGCCAUCGGAGCCUCCCGCCGCGACUUCCAGCGCCGCAGCUGCUGACGCAGGUGGCGCUGCCUCUGCCAAUGCCGGAGUCAAAUAUAGCCCAGAGCUUUCCACUGGUGAGGAGGCGACCACUUUGACAGCGUCACGUGUCCCUGCAGCAGCAACACCGAUAGCUGAAGCAGCAGCGGCAGCGGCGCCAGCAUCCCACACCGCUGCUGCCGCUGCCGGCUCUGCUCGCAUUGCCUCGCGGAGCAGUGCCGCCGCCGCCGCCGUCCUGCCCGCAGUAGGGGGAGAUGCCGUGGCGAUGACGAUCGGCAUCGGCACCACUGCCACUGUUCAACUCGCUGGUACUGCGACGCCAAAGACGACUGUUUCUUCUGUCCCCGGGACACCCAGCCGAGCAGCCUCUUCGACACCUCUCUUGACCACAGCCACAACAUCCACAGCUGGCGCCGCGCCACUGCCAGCUACAUUCAGUACGGCCAUUCAUGUUCAACAGCAUGCCGCGCUGUCGGUGCCGGCCAGUGUGUCAGCGGGACAAGGUGCCACGGCGGGUGUUCCGGGCACGCAGACCACGCCAGGUGCUGCGGAUCCUGCAGUCUCUCUGCCAGCGCCAGCCCGCACGGCGGUGGUUGGUAUCAGCAAGCUUUACCCCUACCUCGCUGGACGUGCCGCCGAUAUGAGCGAGCAGCUGCCUGGUGUGUCCCCCAUUCACGACCCCCAGAGCCACUCCUCGCGGUUAUUCAUUUGCGGCGGUCAACUCACUGUGGAGCCUCUUGUAUGGAAUUACGCACCGCUGGGCGACGCCGCUGCGAACCGACGCUUCGACACUCCCACACGUGAGUACAUGAGGAUUAAGGAGAAGGAGCGCCAGCGGCGCAGGGAAGCAAGAGCGGCGCACCUCGCUGCGAACGCAGCUGGUGGUUUCCCGUCUACCUCGGAGGGCUUCAAGACCGCCUUUUCAUUCAACUUGGAUAGGGAGGACUCGUGGAUGGGCGAUGGCCUGGAUGAGGAUAGCUCCUCCUCCGACGUCUCCUUUCUCUAG